AUGGAGGUGGAAGCUUCUGACGAGGACUUCUGGGAGCGGGUCUCCUCCGCUGAGCCGUCGCAGGGGCCGACCCCUUUACACACCCCGCGCUCGCCCUCAGAGCUGCCACAGUCGCCGCAUGGAGUUUUCCUCUCGCAACCGGCUUCAAUUGAUGAGCCUCUGCUUCUGCUGGACGAAGAUCGGGUGCAGGAGCGGCAUGAAGCGGAGAGAGUAGCCCUUCAUGAGGAGCUCGAGGAAGCAAGGCGGACUGGAAAGGCGGACCGGGCAGCAGCGGAGGCCAUGUCGGACAAGGUGGAGGAACUUCAGCGAGAACGUGAAGACACCUGUCGGGAGAAACACAGGCUUGAGAAGGAGAACGAGGUCCUUCGUCUCCAGCUGCAAGACCACCAUGGCAUUAUGGCAGCAGAAUGGGGGCAGACGCUGCAGUUCCAAGAGAGGCUUCGUCAGGAAGAAGCAGAAGUCGAGCGGUUGGCCUUCGAGGUUGCCGAGCUCCGAGCUGCGCUUGUGCUGCGCGAUGAGGAGCUGGGCCACCUCCGCCGG